UACCCAAGAAGUGGAGUACACCAGCACAAGGCACCGGUGGAGGUGCGUCAGGCAGCAAUGUCCAGCAGGUCGACCAUCAGCCUGUAUUUCAAUAACAUUAGUUUGAUCUCUAAAUAUGUUCAUCUUACAUUUAUAGUAAAUGUAUUACUUUAAAAACAGGUGUGUCGAAACUCAGCAAGAAUGUGACUACUGGAGCAGGAAUGAGGAACUUGCUUUAUAGACUUACAGACAAACCGGUUUUACACACGUCAAUCAAACACAGAAUCAGGGAAUUAUUUAAACUCAUCAGUCCAGGGAAAGAGAAACUGAAGUGCAGUUGAGCUGUUGAAGGUUUGUGUCUCUGUGUUCAUGCGGUAAAAUGGCAGAAGCUAGUAUUGCAGUGGAUCAGGAGUUCAUGUGUCCGGUGUGUCUGGAUCUCCUGAAGGAUCCGGUGACCAUUCCCUGUGGACACAGUUACUGUAAGAUCUGUAUUACAGACUGCUGGGAUCAGGAGGAUCAGAAGAGAGUCUACAGCUGUCCUCAGUGCAGACAGACCUUCAGUCCAAGACCUGCUUUAGCUAGAAAUACUAUCUUGGCUGAAAUGGUGGAGAAACUGAAGAAGACCAGACUCUCUGCUGACUGUGAGGCUGGAGCUGGAGAUGUGCAGUGUGACAUCUGUACUGGAAGAAAAUACAGAGCCGUCAAGUCCUGUCUGGUGUGUCUGAACUCUUACUGUCAGAAUCACCUUGAACAACACGAGAGUUUCUUUAGAGGAAAGAGACACAAAGUGACUGAAGUCACUAUACGACUGCAGGAGAUGAUCUGCCAGAAACAUGAGAAGAUCCUCGAGGUUUUCUGUCGCACUGAUCAGAAGUGUAUAUGUGUGAUGUGUACGAUUAUUGAACAUAAAAACCAUGACAUUGUAUCAGCUGCAGACCAGAGGACAGAGAAACAGAAGCAGCUGAAGGAGACACAGAAGACGUUCCAGCAGAGAAUCCAGCAGAGAGAGAAAGAUCUCCAGCAGCUGAGAGAGACUGUGGAGUCUCAUAAGCGCUCUGCACAGACAGCAGUGGAGGACAUUGAGAGGAUCUUUACUGAGCUCAUCCGCUCCAUUGAGAGAAGCCGCUCUGAGCUGAUACGACUGAUCAGAGAUCAGGAAAAGACUGCAGUGAGUCGAGCUGAAGAACAACUGGAGCGACUGGAGCAGGAGAUCAAUGAUCUGAGGAGGAGAGACGCUGAGCUGGAGCAGCUUUCACACACACAGGAUCACAUCCAGUUCCUGCAGAGUUUCCAGUCUCUCUCAGCUCCUCCUGAAUCUACAGACGUAAAUGAUGAUCUCUUCAGUUCUCUCUUCUCUUCUGAUGCUCUGAGAGAAUCUGUCCAUCAGCUGAGAGACAAACUGGAGGAUUUCUGUAAAGAGCAGCUCCAGAAGAUCUCAGACAGAGGUAAAGUCCUGGAGAUUCAUCUGCUCUCAGAAACCAGUCCAUCAUCCAGGAAGGACUUCCUACAAUAUUCCCAUCAGUUCACUCUGGAUCUGAACACAGUGAAUAAUUACCUCCGUCUGUCUGAGAACAACAGAGUGAUCACAUUCACUGACAGAUAUCAGUCGUUUCCUGAUCAUCCAGACAGAUUUAAUGGUUGGUAUCAGGUGUUGUGUAGAGAGAGUGUGUGUGGACGCUGUUACUGGGAGAUUGAUUGGAGAGGAGGUGUGUAUAUAUCAGUGUCAUAUAAGAGCAUCAGCAGGAAGGGAACGGGUUAUGAGUGUUGGUUUGGAUGUAAUGAUCAGUCCUGGAGUUUGUGCUGCUCUUCCUCCAGAUACUCAUUCAUACACAAUAACAUAGAGACAGAUCUCCCUGUGAAGUCCAUCAGCAGUAGAAUAGCAGUGUGUAGUGAUGAUGAUGUAGUCAGGAGAAUAGGAGUGUUUGUGGAUCACAGAGCAGGAACUCUGUCCUUCUACAGCGUCUCUGACACAAUGAGCCUCAUCCACACAGUCCAGACCACAUUCACUCAGACGCUCUAUCCUGGGUUUUAUGUUUAUAAAGGAUCAUCAGUGAAACUGUGUUGAUGAAUCAGAAUAGAUAUUAUUAUCAUAAUGGCCUUUCAUUCAAAAGAUCUCACAGUGAAUAAAUAAAUGUCAUUAUUAAC